AUGGCCAGUCCGGGUCCUUGCUUCUUUGGAAACUGCGUGGCAUUGUUGCCCUCCUCAUCCUCCCUUCCCGUCUGCUCACUCAUCAAGCCACUUCACUCUUCCCCCAUCGCUUCUAGUUACGACCUGCCAGCAGUGGCCUACACGUGGUGUGGCGGCAACAACAACUGCCUCACCACGCCCUCCAAGUGCGCCUCUGCCGGCCCGGCUCAGCGGGCGGCAACGGAAUGUGCCUUCUGCAACACCACCAACGGCGUGGGCCCCUUCUGCGUGGGGCCGGGAGGCGUGUGCACGCUGGACGCCAGUGCACGCGUGGCUGCCGGCACUGUGAACUCGUUCUCCCAGCCCACGCUCCCCAUGUCAUGCGCUGUGCCGCCCGUGGUCAUGAAGGAAACUGCAGAGGCAGUGAGUCGCAUGGGCUUGUGCUGCCCGGGGCAGCAGCGUCCUCAGGUCCCAUCAUGGUCCUCUUCCAAUUACUCCAAGGAGCCCAGCAGCGUUCUCCUUGGGAUUCCAACUCAGCAGCGUCCUCAGGGCCCAUGGGUCUCUUCCACUUGCUCACGUUCUCCUUGGGAUUCCAACUCCCGUUGCUUGCCUUGUUGCCUUGCCUCCUCCCCCGCGCCCCUCUCCCCAGCCAUGCUAGCCAUCAAGGCGUCGCUGGGCGUCACUUACACCACGUGGGAUGCCACUGUACUGUGCCAGCCCGCGGGGAAGCUCACCACAGCAACAGUGUGGAGCGGCGUGCUCUGUGACAGCACUGGAAGCGUCGUGAGCAUAGCACUGGAUGGUGGAAAAUGCGACGGCCCACUACCAACAGAUAUCUCCACGCUCACUGCCCUCACCUACCUUCGCGCUAUGCUGCAUUGCAUGCAGUCGAGUGGCUCUCGCAAUGACCUCCUUCCCUCUCUCUCUCUCCUCGCCCCUCACAGCAACCUGCAGGGCAAUCUCCUCAACUACCGCCUCAACUCCUUCACCACUUCUCUUCGCCUCCUGCCAGCGCUGGCCGACAUCCGCCUGCACUACAACUACUUGUACGGCGAAAUCCCCUCGUUCCUCGUGGGCCUCCCAAAGCUGACUCAGUUUGGUGCUGUGUACAACUACUUGAUCGGCUCUGUGCCCGCGCUCGCCUCAGGGCUCCGUUCCCUCGACGUGCGAGGAAACUUCCUCACAGACGUGCCCACAGCCAGCUACACCUUCUGUGGCUGUGCCGGCAACUGCAUGCUCACGCCCUCCAAGUGCAUCAGCGGUGGCACGGCUCAGCGCCCUGCGACCGACUGUGCCUUCUGCGGCACCACCAAUGCCGUGGGGCCCUUCUGCUGGGGGGCGGGAGGCGAGUGCGUGGUGGACGCAUCUGCUCUCUGGGCUGCCCGCGUUGUGAACUCGCCCUCACAGCCGGUGCAGCCCAUUGUGUGCGUGGGCGGGACCGUGGUGGCCCUCGACCCCCCCUUUAUCUGCCGGCCACCCCCGACCACUAUCCCAGCCAUGCUCGCACUCAAGUCGUCGCUGGGCGUGCCGUUCAACACGUGGGCGGCGUCUGUGCCUUGCACCAUCAAGGGCGUCACAGCGUCGGUGCCAACGUGGUCCUACGUGCUCUGUGACGCUGCUGGCAGCGUCGUGAGAAUCGAGCUGAGCAACACAGGGCUCACGGGAUACAUCCCUACUGACAUCUCCAAGCUCACUGCCCUCUCCUUCCUGUACGCGCAUCUCACCCCUCACAUACCUGUGACUGCAUCUCACCCCUCACAUACCUGUGACUGCAUCUCACCCCUCACAUACCUGUGA